AUGCCUGGAAUACGAUACAAACGGUUACAGAAUCAAAAUUCAGAAACAGAUGAUUAUUCGAACCCGAAAUUCGAUUCUGUGUGUUCCCCUUUCAUUUUAUUUUUACUUUGUUUUGGCUUUUUAGCAUUUAUGAUAUUCUUCACAUUUGUUCAAUCUCCGCUGGGACCAAUAAGAGUAACAUCAGAAAACGUUAUCAUACUGCAACAACUCGAUAAUAAUAUAACCACAAAUUCAAAGAGAAAUAUCACUCAAUGGAUGGAUUAUUACUUCACAAAAGAGGAGAGUCGAUUGUUGAACUGUUCUGAAAUGAUAAAAGGAAAUAAGGAUACGAUUGAGUUGUAUGUGAAUAAUGGACGAAUGAAACUCGAUCAAGAGCGUCUUUUCGAAUUACGAAUGGAUUGUCCAUCCAUCAGACAACGAGUUUACGGAGAUAUGCCUCCAUUCUCACCCCUGAAACGGCCAAUUGCAUUUGUCAGAACUAUUUACAAGAUCUAUGAGCUUCAAGAAGCUCUUUUAUCGUUAUCUUAUCAUCCGGAUAACACAUUUUGCUUUAUUAUGGAUGCAAAAAGUAGUGAUAAACUGAAGAAUUCGGUCAGAAAUAUGAGUGAUUGCUUUGAAAAUGUGAUUGUUCUGGAGAAAGAAUACAUGUUGAAUAGUGGAGGUCAUGGACAAGAUCCUGCGCAUUUUGACUGUCUCCAAACUAUUCUGGAUAGAAAAUGGGAUCAUGCCAUUAUUCUGCAAAAUUUUGAUUUGGUCAUCAAAACCCCUUAUCAACUGUCGGAUAUCAGUGAGCUUCUCAAUUACACCAGCAUCAUGGGAUUCGAUUUCGGAUUCAGCUAUAGAUAUAACACAAAGGCCGAUUGGACACCAGCUGGAAUGAAACUUUUCAAAAAUGAAACUGGUGUUCCUGAUAAGAUUCUUCAUACACCGAUGAGAGUUCGGAAGAGCUUGAACGAAGUAAUCAUUUCCAAAGUAUUUGUGAAAUCAAUGUUUGAUAAACUCAAUAUGGAAGUAAUCAUCAAAUUAUUCGAUGAUAACGACUACUACGGAGUUGAUGAAAUGCUCGUUCAAACACUUUAUGAGAACUAUUUGGGAUUGGAUGGCCAGAUGGAAUCGAACUGUACACAAAAUCAUAAUGAUAUUCUCACGAGACUGACUCAUUGGGACUGGACAGGACCAAAUGGGUUUGACAAGCAGUGCCAUUCAAAAUGGAAAAGGCAUGGAAUCUGUAUAUUGGGUGUUGAGUAUAUGAACGAGCUGUUCAAGAGUCGGAAGGCAAUAGCAAACAAGGUGUUGGAAACUUUUGAUUUUGGAACAAUUGCUUGUAUGCGAGAGAUGAUAAAAAGGAAUGUAACCGGUGAAACGCCCGAUGCGGCUUGGUUGACUUCGUUUCCCCAGUUCCGAGAAAUGCAAAUGAAGGCGAACGGAACGUAUGAUAGGAACACAUUUGAUUAUGCAGUUCCACUUUUUGGCAUACAAAACUUUCUUGUAAAUUUUUCCGUAAAAGCUCUUCCAAAACAUCUAACCGUAAAAACUGAUGAAUGUUGUCGAUGUUUGUCUGGAAGGCAAACAAUAGUUCAAAAAUGUUCCUUUGUUAUUUUGGCACCUUCCGAACUGUUCUCUUCUCUAUUCCAUGUUUCUUUUUCGGCACGCUACCUAUUCUUCCGUCUUCUUCUUCUUCUGAUUCUUUCCAUGAUGACUCCAUUUUCUCACGUAGAAUACGAAAAUCGAACCUGGUACAAAGUGGCUGCAAAACUGUUGUAUCACUUUUUUCAAAGCAAAAGAUUCUAA